AUGACGACGCAAAACCAAGCACCCGUGAUAAUCAUAGGCGGCAGCCUAGCAGGCCUCGCGAGCGCGCUCUUCCUCUCCGCCCGCGACGUCCCCGUCAUCCUAUUCGAGCGCCACACCUCGAGCUCUCCGCACCCGCGCGCCAUUGGAUACACCUCGCGCACGCUGGAACUCUUGCAGACUGUCGGCAUCUCCCCCGAUCAGCUGAGAGUCGGGUCCGGUCCGCCGGGGGGUAAGCCUCGUCGGGUGAAAGUCAAGAGUCUGGCGGGGGAGUGGGCUGAUGAGCAGCUCUGGAACAAUAAUAACGCCAACAAGGAGAAUGGUGCUGGUCCGAAGGGCGAAACCAAAAAGCCUGGAUCUGGUCCCGGUGGGCCCCCACCACAGCAGAAAGGAGGCAAAGUCUACGCUCCCAUCAUGGGCACGGCGAUCGCCCAAGACAGACUGGAACCCAUCCUCCGCAAACGCGCCGUCGAGCUAGGCGCAGAUCUCAGGCUCGGGUGGAAGAUGACAUCCUGGAGCCAGUCUGCAGACGGCGUACGCAUCACGGCCGUCAACAGAGAAUCCGGUGAGGAAGUGACUGUUGACGGGUCGUACAUCGUCGCCUGUGACGGCGCGCGGAGCGUCUUCCGCGAGGGGCUGGGCAUCGGGACAACGGGCGUGGGACACUUACGGAGCCUGUGCAGCGUCAUGUUCCGGUGCGCGCCGAUUGAGAGGUUUUUGGAGCGGGGGUUCGUGCAGUUUUCGAUUGAGGGGCGCGAGGACGGGUUUGAGGCGUUUUUGGUGAGUUAUCACGAUGGGAGGUGGGCGUUGAUGUGGAAUGCCGCCGAGGAGACCGUCACCGACAACAAGGAGGACGACGACAGCAAGGACGGCAAGGACACGAUGAACGUCAGCAACAGCAACAAAAACAACAACAACAACAAUAGCAGCAAGAUGGACGCCCGCGCGCAAAAAGACCUUAUCCGCAAAGCCCUCGGUCUUGGCGAGGACGAGGUCCAGGACGGGGAUAUUGAGCUCGUGACGAUUGGGUUCUGGGAGAUGAGCGCGCGGAUCGCGGAGAAGUUUGCAGAGGGACGGGUGUUUCUCGCGGGCGACGCGGCGCAUACGUUGCCGCCUAACCGGGGCGGAUACGGCGCCAACACGGGAUUCGCGGAUGCGCAUAACUUGGCGUGGAAGAUUGCCGCUGUUAGGAGCGGGGUGGCGGACGAGGGGGUUCUGGGGACGUAUGAUGAGGAGAGGAGGCCUGUUGCGCUUGUGAGGCAUGAUCAGCUCUUUGCGAGGGAUGAUUACAAAGCGUAUAUUCGGGGUGAUGGAGACAAGGGGAAGAGGGCCGAGGGGGGUGGAUCUGGGGACGGAUGGGGAGGUGUUGCCUGA